CCUCUUCCUCUCAUCCUCCCUCUCCCUCUCCCUCUUCCUCUCAUCCUCCCUCUCCCUCUUCCUCUCAUCCUCCCUCUCCCUCUUCCUCUCAUCCUCCCUCUUCCUCUUCCUCGUUCUCCAAGUUCUGCAACACUGCAUAUCAUUUUUGUUGAAGACAGGUAAAUUCACCUGUUGCCUUUUUAUAGUGCUUACGCCUGAUUGUUGAGUUUAUAAUUAAGCACCUAAGUAUCUGUACACCUGAGGGCCGUGUGUGAUCAGUUGGAUAACAGGUGUGUGAUAUUGGAUAGCAGUAUCUUGUAUUAGAUUUCUGUGUGUAACGUAGAGAGUGUGUUUAAUGUUUUGAAAACACAUUGUGUGUGUGUGUGUGUGUGUGUGUGUGUGUAUUGUUCUCCAGACAGUGUGAGGCUGAGAAUGUGAUUAUAGUUGUGCAGAUCUGGGUUGAGGUUUUGCUCCUUGGGUCAGGUUUCACCAACUAUUAUUUUUAAUUUGAGUGUGUAAGCAAUCGUAAAAAAAAAAAAAAAACAUAUAAUAAUAAUAUAUUAUUACAUAAUUAUCAUUAUUGCUAUAUAAAAUAAAAUAUAAAACCUAUAUAAAACACUUUGUUCUUAUUGAUUGAUGUUAUAAGUAUAGAUAGAAGUGUGUUGUACGUGAUAAUUAGAGUGCUGUUUAUAAAUCUGUCACGUGGCUGCAUUUUUCUCUCCUCAUUUUUUCCAUUGUUUAAAAAAAGUGUUGAAGAAAACGAGUGAGACGAGUGCAGAAAUGUGCAGAGUUCUGGAGCUUUAGUUACUCAGAAGGUUCUGGAACCCUGGUGGAAACAUGUCUAAUAUGAAGAGCUUAUGUAGCAGUUUGGCAGUAAUGGGAUUUGAGCACACAACCUUCUGGGACCGAAUCGACCCUUUCUUCUUCAAGUUCCAGUAUAAGAACGUGGAAUACUCGUCCGGUCGGAAUAAGACCUUCCUGUGCUACCUGGUGAACGAGGUGCGCGGUCCCGGUGAUGAGGCUAUACUGCGUGGCUAUGUGGAGGACGAACACGUUGGUGGCGAUCACGCAGAGGACGCCUUCUUCCGUCUGGUGCUGCCUCACUACGAUGUCUCCACCCGCUACACCGUCACCUGGUACGUCUCCUCGAGCCCGUGUUCCUCCUGCGCCUCAAAGCUGGCCGAGAUCCUGCGAGAGCGCCAAACGCUGCGCCUCACCAUCUUCUCAGCCCGGCUGUUCGAGUGGGAGGAGCCAGAGGUGAGGGCGGGGCUGAAGGCGCUAGCAGGGGCUGGCUGUAAACUACGCGUGAUGAAGCCACUGGACUUCUCGUACACGUGGGACACAUUUGUGGAACACGACGGCCAGCGAUUCGAACCGUGGGAGGACUGUCAGGAAAACUACGAGUACUACCAGGACAAACUGGCUGACAUCCUGCAGUGACCGAUCCAAAUGGGAAGUUUAAGAUUGGAGUUGCAGAUGGCUUAUCACUGCGUGUGUGUGUGUGUGUGUGUGUGUGUGUGCACGUGUGUGUGAGCGUGCAUGUGUGUGUGUGAGCGUGCAUUUGUGUGUGUGUGUGUGUGUGUGUGUGUGUAUGUGUGUGUGUGUGUGUGAGCGUGCAUUUGUGUGUGUGUGUGUGUAUGUGUGUGUGUGUAUGUGUAUGUGUGUAUGUGUGUAUGUGUGUGUGUGUGUGUGUGUGUGUGUGUGUGUGUGAGCGUGCAUUUGUGUGUGUGUGUGUGUGUGUAUGUGUGUGUGUGUGUAUGUGUGUAUGUGUAUGUGUGUAUGUGUGUGUGUGUGUGUGUCCUUCAACUCUUAAAUUUACUUUAAAAUUCUGAAACAUUUUGUUAUUUCACAUUUUUAAACUGAUGUCUUUUGUACUGCUGGAAAAGAGUCUUUUGUACUGCUGUUUAGCUGUGUAUUAAUGUUUAUAUAUAAUUGACUGUCACAUGCACAGGAGUGUAACAGGAGUGUGCUGAUAUUACACACUCAUGUCUCGAUAAUCACGUCACAUUUUAUCCUGGUUUACAAUAAUAUCAGAGUAUUUCGUUUACUGUGCAGACUCCACAGUGGGAGUAACAGUGUUUAUUAUUACUGAUGAGUACAGUAUUGUGUGUGUGUGUGUGUGUGUGUGUGUGUGUGUGUGUGUGUGUGUGGAACAUGGCGUAAUAUCAUUUAUAUUAUCAGCACAGGAUUAAUCCAUAUACCAUUUUAUUUUUCUACAGAAAAGCUCUCUCACCUUCAUUCUGUUUUAUUCUUCGCAUUUCGAAAGAGUUACGUGUUUUAUAUUGUUUAAAAAUAAUGCAGUACAGAAAGGGAGUUCAUUUAGUUUAACUCUUCUAUCCUGUGUGGGUCCAGCUAAAUAAAAUAACAAAAUAAAAUAAAAUACAACAAAACAAAACUAUAUAAA